AUGGGACCCCGAACACGAAGGCGAAGAACAAAACAUGCUAUAGAGACUCAUCAACCACCUGCGCCACCUCCCCCGGCACCCUCAAAGACUUUCACUAUUGACUUUGAAGUUUCUACUCAAACAGAGGUGGACGACAACUUUGACAAUCUGCGUGACACCCAUGCGCAGUUCAUGGACUCGAUGUUCCCUUUGGAUGGAGAUACAGAUCUCGGCACUCUUGAAGACUCACCUCUCACAUGCUUCCCUACGCCUUCUUCAUCUCAUACGCAUUCGAUCCAGUCUCUACAUGCAAAACCUCAGUUCAACCUCGAUUCUGCCGAGUCAUUGUUGGCAUCCUUUAGAAGGAUGCUGAUUCACUACCCUUGCAUUGUUCUGAUGCCCGAAGAGACAGUGGCCAGUCUUGCUGCGACGAAACCUUUCGUUCUCUUGGCUAUUCUGGCUGCUGCUUCCGGUUCGCGGACUUUACAAGGACACACCCUUUACGAUGAAGAGUUCCGUAAAGUUCUGGGCCUCAAGUUCGUCGCCGGCGGCGAAAGGAGUAUGGACUUACUACAAGGCAUUAUGAUCUACUGCGCUUGGUAUCCAUUCCAUCUCAGGCCAAAGAACAGACAAGCCUUCCAAUAUUAUCGCAUGGCUGGUGAUCUCGUAACUGAUCUCGAGCUUGACCAAGAACCAGCCCAUAUUGGCGGCGCAAUCCCAGGAGAAAUGAGCAGUGCACAGCUCGACCGGCUACGGGUGUAUCUGGCAUACUACUACGCCGUGUCAAAGUACGUCCUCCAAGAAACGCACCAGGACCAGAUCACUCACAAAUCCGACAGUUUCAUGUUUAUGUUCAAGAAGAAAGACAGCCUGAUCCCUCCUUGGACGACCUGGACAGAAACCUGCUGCGACCUUUUACAACGACAUGCCGAGGUCGAUGGGGAUGUCUCGUUGAGUUAUCUCACCAAGCUAGCGAGCAUGACGAACACAGCGAAUAAUUCUGUACGCGACAACGAUCCUCAGGUAAAUCAGCAGGUUCAACUCAUGCUUCUUGGGCUGGAGACGCAGCAUAGAGAUAUGAAGGAAUCUAUGGUGCCGCAUCUUUCGCGCUCUGCACCCAUUAAACUCGCCUCUCUUUUCUUUGAAAUCUUCCUCCAAGGUGGUUCUAUAUUCUAUCUCACCCGUAUCAACACAAAAAAGCCUAGCUUCAUCAACCCGUCACCGACCCGCCUCGUUCGCUGCGUGAAUAACAUCCGCACUCUCUUGGACCACCUCAUGAACCUCGAGAACUUUACAUGUUUCACCAGCGUUGACUGGACAAAGUUCAUUCUAUGCAUCAUACUCGCAGUCUGUCUUUCAUUCCCCAUCGUUGACGUUCCGGACUGGGACCAUGCAUGGGCACGCUCACAGCUACGUUUUAGCGAGUUCCUCGAGGUCAUGACCGAGGGCCCCGAGGAUCUCACACCGGCGAGCAAACGUGUAGAUGUGCUUUCCGCAAGCCGGGUUAUACUCCGUGUACUCAAGACAAAAUACAACCGACGUGUCGCCAUACUGACAGCACCAGUUUUGAACGAACCUCUGGGGCAUCAAGGGUGUCCCAUGUUUGAUAAAGAUAUGCAACCUUACCUAACCGCGUGGGACGCGGGAUUCGACGUUCAAUCUGUGCUCCCGGUGCAGAACCUCAACGCCGAGGGACAGCAGCCCAUGUAUCAUGAUCUCUGGGCGACCAUGACUAUGAGCUGGGCGAAUGACGAUAACACAAUGGGGUCUUGA